GACCAAAACUUCUUCAUCGGGGACUGCGAGACCGUCCCGGAGAAUCUGAAGUCCAUGGAGGAGCUCCAGAACAAGAACGACAAGGGCAAGCUGGUGCCCAUCGUUCCCAACAUGGAGCCGCCGCUGGAGGAGCUCAUGCUGCGAGUGUCCCAGCUUGAGAAGCUCGCGGGCCACCAUGAGAAGGCCAACGACAUGGUGCACAAAUACGGUCCCAUGCAGAUCCAUGACGAGGUGAAGAUGUUUACGGCCGCCGCCAAGACAGACCUCGACCAGGUCUACCGCGUGCUGGUGGAGCAGAUGGCCGUGCACAAGGCCGACCUUGACAAUAUCAGCCCCCCCAACAUGCAGCAGCUUCUCGAGCAGGUCCGUGCCGACCUGAAGUUGCAAACGACCGACUCGGUCCACAGCAAGUUGAAGGAGCACGACCUGAAGUUGCAGACGGCCGCCAUCAAGACAGACUUCGACUCGGUCUACGGCGAGUUGAAGGAACAAAUGGCCGCAAACAAAACAGAUCUUGACAACAUCAACAGCUUCACGAAUGUGCAACUAAGCGUCAAGACGCCCGUCGAAGAUCUCGAGCUGAUCCGCGAAGAGAUGAUGAUGCAGAAGGCCGUCACCAAGACAGACCUUGACCAGGUCAUCUACAACUUUAAGGAGCAGAAGGCUGAGCUCACAACAGAUCUUGACAACAUCAACUGCCGGACGAAAGAGUUCGAAGUGAAGCUCGGCACCGAGCUCGCCGAGCUCAAUAGCUCCGUGCUGGACACCAGCCUCCCGCCGGUCAUGUCCUGCCUCCAAGGCAGGGGCGCCGAGGCUUGA